AGCUGUUUCCAUAACUUGAAUUAUUAUAUUUUAUUCACUUUCCCUGUGCUCUCUCUCUCUCUUCCUCUUAUUACAAUUGCGAUUUCUUCUUAGCCUUUGCAAGCUAGCUGUAUUUGAAUGGUUGCUCUUUUGGAUUCUUCUUCCAAGUCAUUGCCUCUCUCUCUCUCUCUCUCUCUCCCUCUCUCUCUGUCUUCAGUACCUUCACCUUAUAAGUUAAAUCCCAAUGUCUCUAUGCACUAAAGACCCAUAGCUUCCACUCUUUUCCCUCUUCACUUUUUUUUCUCCAUGUUUCUCUAUCCAUUCUUUGAAAAUGGGAUCAAAAUCAUAGAUUUUCCACUUCUGGGUCUUCGACAUUGAAUCAAUUUAAGCUUCCAAAGAGUUAUUUUUUUUUACCGAUUCUGUGUAGUGGGUUUUCGAGAUCAGACCCUAAAAAUGGCACCAUCGUUCGAUUGGUGGUCGAAAGAGACCCACAGAGGUACACCCGUGGUGGUGAAGAUGGAUAAUCCCAACAACUGGUCCAUGGUCGAGCUCCAAUCCCCCGACGACGACGACUUCCUCCUCCAUUUCGCCGACGCUACGGGCCGAGACAAAACCCGCAACAAGAACGCCAAACAGCUCACCUGGGUCCUCCUCCUCAAGGCCCACCGCGCUGCCGGCUGUCUCACCUCCAUUGGCUCUGCAAUGCUCCGCGUCGCCUCCGCCGUCCACCGCCGUGUUGCUGCCGGAAGAACCGACGCCGACGUCGACUCCAAUUCCAGAUCCGCCGAGAACUUGAAAGUCCGAGCUCGUAUGUACUUUUGCAUAAAGGUGUUUCUAUGGUUAUCUGUUGUGUUGUUAGGUUUUGAGAUUGCUGCGUAUUUCAAGGGUUGGCAUUUUGGUUCCCCAAAUCUUCAAUUUCAGUACCUGUAUGUGUUGGCUAACCAAUUAAACGUUAAGGGUUUGUUUGAUUCGUUGUAUUCGAGGUGGGUUUUGAUUCGGGUUGAGUAUCUCGCUCCACCUCUUCAGUUCCUUACCAGUAUGUGUAUAGUGCUCUUCCUUGUUCAGAGCUUGGACAGGUUAGUGCUCUGUUUGGGUUGUUUGUGGAUCCGAUUAAAGAAGAUUAAACCUAUUCCCAAAGGUGACCCACUGGAUCUCGAGUCCGGCGAUGGGGGAUUCUUCCCCAUGGUUCUUGUUCAGAUCCCCAUGUGCAAUGAAAAAGAGGUUUAUCAGCAAUCUAUUGCUGCAGUAUGCAAUUUAGACUGGCCUAAAUCGAAAUUUCUUAUACAAAUCCUUGAUGAUUCUGAUGACCCAACAACCCAAUUGCUGAUCCAAGCGGAGGUUCAUAAAUGGCAGCAAGAGGGGGCCAACAUUAUCUACCGGCACCGGGUAGAUAGACAAGGUUACAAAGCUGGCAAUCUCAAGUCUGCUAUGAAUUGCAGCUAUGUCAAGGACUAUGAGUUUGUUGCCAUAUUUGAUGCGGAUUUUCAACCCACCCCUGAUUUUCUUCAAAAAACAGUUCCUCAUUUCAAGGAUAACGAAGAAGUAGGGUUAGUUCAGGCGAGGUGGUCGUUUGUGAACAAGGAUGAAAACCUACUGACAAGGUUGCAGCACGUUAAUUUAGCUUUUCAUUUUGAGGUUGAACAACAAGUGAAUGGAGUUUUCCUCAAUUUCUUUGGCUUCAAUGGGACUGCUGGUGUGUGGAGAAUAAAGGCUUUGGAGGAUUCGGGUGGAUGGUUAGAGAGAACCACAGUUGAGGACAUGGACAUUGCUGUCCGGGCUCAUCUCCAUGGAUGGAAAUUCAUCUUCCUCAAUGAUGUGGAGUGCCAAUGUGAAUUACCUGAAUCAUAUGAAGCUUACCGGAAACAGCAGCAUAGAUGGCAUUCUGGGCCUAUGCAGUUGUUUCGUCUUUGUUUGCCGGACAUUAUCCGAUCAAAGGUCAGCAAUUGGAAGAAAGCAAAUAUGAUUUUCCUAUUCUUCCUCCUAAGAAAACUGAUAUUACCCUUUUAUUCAUUCACCCUUUUUUGCAUUAUUCUCCCCAUGACAAUGUUCAUCCCCGAGGCUCAGCUUCCAGUUUGGGUCGUCUGUUACGUACCUGCCACCAUGUCGUUUCUCAAUAUCCUCCCAGCCCCAAAAUCAUUUCCUUUCAUCGUUCCCUACCUUCUCUUUGAAAACACAAUGUCGGUGACCAAGUUCAAUGCCAUGAUCUCUGGCCUUUUCCAACUUGGAAGUGCAUAUGAGUGGGUUGUCACCAAGAAAUCAGGCCGCUCCUCCGAGGGCGAUCUUGUAUCCCUGGUUGAAAAAGAGGCAAAGCCUCAACGGGUUGCAUCAGAGCCUGAUUUAGAGGAAAUGCAGGAGGAAAUAAAACAGCAGGAAAAGAAGGCUUCCAAGAAAAAGAAACAUAAUAGGAUAUAUAGGAAAGAGUUAGCUUUGGCAUUCCUUCUUCUAACAGCUUCGGCAAGGAGUCUCUUGUCCGCUCAGGGUAUCCAUUUCUACUUCCUGCUCUUUCAGGGGAUAUCGUUCUUGUUGGUUGGCCUUGACUUGAUCGGUGAGCAGGUUCAGUAAGCGAAAAUUGAUAUAGCGUCUGUAAGUGGUAAAUAUGAAUUAUAUGAACAUGGGGAACUUCAAUGAAUAGGUAAAAAGAAUUUCAGUACAACGAAAAUUGAACAUCUACGGGAAUAUUUGGAGGGCUGAGAGCACUACUUGAGCGUUUCCUUCUGCACUUCCUCGAGAUGGGAUGAAUCGUGUGUGAAAUGGUUUGAAGAAUCACACUUCAUUCUGGAGAGAAGAAACCCCAUUAGAAAAUGGUUAUGUUCAUUACUGUAUUCAAGGUUUUUCUUAAUUUUUUAAUUUUUUUUGGGGGGUUUUGUUUUUGUAUCUUCUUUCUUGGAUUCUUUUUCUUUUUGGCUCUAUUCUUUUGUAAGAAGAAUAUUUCUCAGAAACUGAAUUUAGUUUGCAGAGAAUGGAUUUCAGACUUGUGAAAUAACAUCAUUUUUACCAAACGA